CGCGGCGAGCCGACUCUACGCGUGCGCCUGCAGCCUGGCACUUACGAAUCGCUUCUGUUGAGUUAGCACAACAAGAUUUCAGCCCAUGAGUGAUGCGACGGGGGCGCUCUCUAGUUCUUUCGAUCGCGGUACGGUCUUGCAGGUGCUUGCGGUAGUUGGGGUGGUGUGGUAUUUCAUUCUCUGGACACUCGGCUUGUUAGGCUGCUACAACGCGCGGAAGAGAUACCGUAACCCUCCCCGCUCUUCCCUUACCACCUCGACGACUGCUCCUGGCGUAUCGAUUCUUCGUCCUCUGAAAGGGCUCGAUCCCAAUCUUUAUGAAAACUUGGAGUCAACAUUUACUCAAGAAUAUCCCAACUUCGAGAUCUUACUGUCUGUUGCCGACGAAGAUGACCAAGCUCUUUCCGUGGUCAGGGAACUCAUCUCAAAGUAUCCUCAAGUGAAUGCCAAAGUAAUCGUCGGAUCCGAGAACGUCGGCAUCAACCCGAAGGUCAACAACCUCGUGCGGUCGUAUAGGGAAGCCACCAAUGACAUUCUGUGGGUCAUCGAUUCCAACGUCUCAAUGAGCCCCGGCACGCUGGCACAUUCAGUCGAGGUUUUUGAUCCACCUGCGGAGAUGUCGUCUACCCGCAGACGGAUAGCCCUUGUCCACCAUGUCCCUUAUGUAUCAGUCAGCGAAGACUCGCUCGCUGCAAGAGUCGAAGCGGCAUUCCUCAACACCAACCACGCCAAGAUGUACAUUGCAAUUAACACCGUCGCCAUCGACUCUUGCGUGGUUGGGAAGUCCAACCUCUACCGUCGCUCGGAUGUGGAAAGAGUGGAUGGGUCUCUGAAACGGAAGCACACAGGUGACGAAGAUGGGCAUGUUUACGGUCUCCCUGCAUUUGGUCGUUAUCUGGCGGAGGACAACAUGAUUGCCGGUGCGCUUUGGCAUGAGCUGGGGCUAAGGCAUGAUCUUUCAUGCGAUGUAGCUCAGACCGCUGUCGGCAAAAUGACCUUUGCAGAUUAUGUCGGCCGCCGAGUUCGGUGGAUUCGCGUUCGAAAACAUAUGGUGCUCGCUGCCACUCUCGUUGAGCCCUUCACAGAGAGCUUCGUAGCGGGUUUGAUCUCAUCCGUCAGCAUGCACCAUCUCUGGGACUUCCGCAUCUGGCUGUGCUUGCUUAUUCAUUUUGUCACCUGGAUAUAUGUUGACCUCGACGUGCAACAAUCCCUGGCUGGUCGACCCCUUCCACCCAAGGAUUUUCCUACAUUUUUGGCAGCCUGGCUGAUACGCGAAAUACUCGCUUUGCCCAUCUGGUUCUAUGCAGUGAUUGGAAAUCAAGUUAGCUGGAGAGGAAGGACAUAUGAGGUUUUGCGCGAUGGCGAGGUAAAGCGUGCCAAUUCCGGUAGUUUUGUGGGCGCCGUUGCAAAUCGUCUCGGGCAGUCGGGCACGCAAGGAUAUACACCUCUAGCAACUACUAAUCAUGACUAAUCCAUCAAUUUAUGUACGAUAAUCUACGAGAAAGUAACUAUUAGACCGACAUAAAGUAUACGUGAAACGUUAGCUAGCUAUAUGCCCAGAUGUUAAUGAAUGAUACAUGGGUGGUAUAUAUGGAUAGUGCUACAAUCCUCGGUCAAAUUUGAGUCAAGGGGACCCGGUCUCCUGUCGGGUGUGUCGAGCCAAGAUUCUGAAGUUAUGGAUCAUGAUAACUUCAUCAAAAAAGGUGUCAGACCAGUAGCUUGCACUGCAAGCAUCAAGAGCUGCCUGACGCAGUCUCAGCUCUCGCCCUUGACAUACGAUUUUACGCAAGUCCGCAUCUACGGAAGGCGCAGUAGGAAGCUUUCUGAACUCGCGAGCAUCCUUCUGUCGCUGGUUGGAGAACCAGUUCUUGACCUGCUGGAACUCCCUGGUCGGUGUUAUAUCAUCAAAGAUGGAGUUAUAGCUGAAACAAGGACCUACCUCCGAAUAACGAUACUGAUCUGUGCCAGCCACGCCUCGUCGGGAUAGGGCGUGAUCUCAUCAUAAACCAUCUGCAUCACGAGUCUCUGCCGGUUAGAAGCAGGUGCCUUUCCAGUGGACGGGAUCAUCAUAGCUCUCUCCUUGAGUUCUUUCACCUUGGCAUCCCUUGAUGCUCGAGCCGCAGAAGAGACAUGGUUAUAAGACUGUUUGGAAUAUGGCUUCUUGACAUGUCCAUCAGCGGUAGUCCGACGAGUUGAUCUGGGGUGAGGAGAUGGAGACUCUGGAUUAUGUGGCUGAGGAUGAUUGACGCUGCGCUGUCUCGAAGAUCUUCUCAGGCCUAAUUCCGACGAGAACAGAAGUAAAUCAGAUGUGUGAAUGUGGGACUUGUCGUCAAGGAUGUCGUCCGGGUCAGAGAGUUCUCGUGAAAAAGAGGAUGAGGCAGGACUGUCAGGGGCGGUCCUUUGGUCGUGAGAGUCGAAGGUGAAGAGGGCGUUGGAAGAUAAGGAAGGAGAGACGGAGCUGGCCGAUCGAGGGGGGUCCGGGGGUAAAGUGUACAUGAUAUCGUGGGGCAAGUAAAAGGUAGGAUAUUGACGAGGAAGGAGUAAACGGUCUUGAAACAAAUGAGGAUAGCGCACUAAGUCCUGGAGGGCAACCACCCAGGAAGGUUGGGAGGCAGGAGGCGACCUGCUUUACUGGGGAGCCAGGGUGGUUUGGAGGAGAGGUGGAAGGAGGAUAAAACGAAGGGAUAGCUUGCGCAAAGCUGAAGAGGAUCAACGGGAGAAUCAAAACGAUCUAUCUGUAUUAAUGCUGUGAGACGAUGCUAUGUCUUCCUUUCAUGAGACAAGGAGGCUGAU